AUGGCGAAGCCUUUACAGUUUGCUCCGUUCAUUUCGGAGAUCGAGUUGCCUUUUUAUUCCGCACUUUUCGCUUCAAAGCUUGACCACGAUAAGCUUGACGACUCAGCCCGAAGCGUUCUUGGACUCUAUGAACCGCGUUCCGAAGAGCCCGAGUCCAGCUGUCGGUUGCAAAUACUAGGAAAUGCUCUCACGAGCGGCAAAACUAAUGAGCCCAGUUCACCCCUUGCCAUAAUGCGAGCCGAGGGCAUCAUUAGAAAUGUGAACACUCUUGAGGAUUUCAAAAACACAGAUAAGCCCGCCAUGCUGAGGACCGCUGGACGACAGGUAUGGGAUGCGAUCAAAGAUGGUAGUAUCUACUCUGUUCCGUCCCUCCUGUCCUCCUUUAUUAUACUCUCAUAUGCCGAUCUCAAGAAGUACAAGUUCACGUACUGGUUUGCUUUCCCAGCCCUGCAUUCCGAUCCUGUAUGGAAACGGUCAGGUCCAGUCGAACGCUUAACCUCACAGGAAACCACAGCUCUCGUUGACAGAGUUGGGACUUGGAGAUACAGCGUUGACGCUCGAGAGCGUGGCUUUUUCCUGGCGAAGAAGGUCCCCGGAAGACGGGAGACUGACGAUCCCGAUAUACCCCAGGAGCUACCUUUCCAUUGGGAAAUUGGCUCGCUGCGCGACUUCGAGACUGGCUUCUUUGACCAGGUGCCCGAGGAAGACCGCUAUGUGGCAUUCACUGACCCUUCGACAUACCCAGAGGCGCCUGGGUGGCCUUUGCGAAACUUCUUGAUCCUCAUCCGACACCGCUUCCGCCUGACCAAGACCAAAGUUAUUUGCUAUCGCGACACUUGGGCAAAGAGACACGAGGCUAAGAGCGUGAUUCUCCCAAUCGAGAUGGAUCCCGUCGAGAAUUUAGACAUUACUGAAAUGCCCAAAGUUACUGGCUGGGCUCGGUCAAGCAACGGCAAGCUCCAGGCGCAACAAGUGAACCUGGGCGAGUACAUGGACCCAGCACGACUCGCCGAUAGUUCAGUUGAUCUGAAUUUGAAGCUCAUGAAAUGGAGGAUCGCCCCUAACCUGAAUCUGGAAACCAUCAAGAAUACAAAGUGUCUGCUUUUGGGUGCUGGCACUCUUGGAAGUUAUGUAUCCAGAAAUCUGAUGGGCUGGGGCGUUCGAAAGAUCACGUUUGUGGAUUAUGGCCGAGUGUCGUUCUCCAAUCCUGUACGCCAACCGCUGUUUAACUUCCACGAUUGCCUUGAAGGAGGAAAACCCAAAGCGCUCCGAGCGGCUGAGGCGUUGAAAGAAAUCUAUCCUGGUGUCGACAGCGAGGGACACGCGCUAUCCGUUCCCAUGCUUGGACACCCCUUCACAGACGAAACCAAGACAAAAGAAGACUACCAGAAGCUAGAGAAGCUUAUUAACGAGCACGACGCCAUAUUCCUACUUAUGGAUUCUAGAGAAUCACGAUGGCUGCCAACUGUUAUGGGCAAAGCCGCAGGCAAGAUUGUUAUGAAUGCUGCGUUGGGAUUCGAUUCAUACGUUGUUAUGCGACAUGGUACUGAGACUAGUCCUGAAGGGCAGACACCCUUGGGUUGUUACUUCUGCAAUGAUGUUGUUGCUCCAGCAGAUUCACAAAAGGAUCAGACUCUCGAUCAGCAAUGUACCGUUACCCGUCCUGGAGUCGCACCAAUUGCCUCUGCACUUCUGGUGGAACUUUUGACAAGCUUGUUGCAACACCCCCUUGGUAAAGACGCGCCUGCUCCACAGCCAAUUUCAGGAGUGAUUCCAGAAAGGGAUCCUCCCGAUCAUGCAUUAGGACUGGUUCCUCACCAGAUCCGAGGCUAUACUUCGACGUUCCAGCAAAUUGUCAUUCGUGGUCAGUCUUACGACUGCUGUAGUGCAUGCAGUCCUAAGAUCCUCAAUGCAUAUCGUCAUGACGGCUGGGGAUUUGUGAAGAGGGCAUUACAAGAAAAGGAAUAUGUGGCAGAGCUCUCGGGAUUGGCAGAAGUCCAGCGAAGAGCAGAGGAAAUGGCAGCUCAUGUUGAUUGGGAAGAGGAUGAUGACCUUGUUGACGAUGGUGAAGGAGAACUCAUUUAG